UUCAUUGGAUGUCAACCGCCGUUAAACCUCGAAUAAGAMGUAAAAGUGCUUUUGCUUCGCUUCUAACAAGAUUACGCGUCGCUAUAAAAUAGAUAAACCAUGAGUAAUAUUUCCAAGUCCGUGUCGACUGUAGAAGAAACGAGGACUGGUCUGUGUGAUGAGUUUGUGUCCAUAACAGGAUCCGAUAGCGCCGUGGCUCAAUGCUACCUUGCUGAAAAUGACUGGGAAAUGGAGAGAGCUUUGAACUCAUUUUUCGAGGCUGACAUGGAAGCAGUUUUUACAGUGGAAGAUUCACCAAAGAAGGACAUCAGCCCCCCUAAAGUUAAAAGACAGAAGUUGGACAAACCACAGGGGAAAAUGGACUGCAUUGACCUGACCACAGAAGAGCCUGCCUGUUCCAGCAGCAGUGCCAAGUCAACCAACUCCUCCAAGUCAGUGGAACCCAAAGCUAAAGCCUCUGGCUCUGAGGAGCAGGAUGACGACAAACUGUCGCUGAUCUCUUGGAAUGUAGAUGGGCUGGACACCGUGAACCUGGGAGAGCGUGCAAGAGGCCUCUGUUCUUAUCUGGCCCUCUAUACCCCUGACGUGGUUGUUUCUGCAGGAACUCAUUGAACCGGUAUGUUUCAGUACCUCAAGAAACGAGCCGUCAGCUACACCAUCGUUGAGGGGGGCGAGGAGGGGUACUUCACUGGUUUGAUGCUGAAGAAGUCCAGGGUCAAACUCCUGAAUAGUGACAUCAUCAGCUACCCAACCACCCAAAUGAUGAGGAAUCUGCUCGUUGCUCAAGUGAAGUUCAGGGACCAGGAGCUGUGUGUGAUGACGUCCCACUUUGAGAGCUGUAAGGGACAGGCAGAGGAGAGGAUGAAACAGCUGAGGGUGGUCCUGAAGAGGAUGAGGGAGGCGCCCAGUAACGUGACUGUCCUAUUUGGAGGGGACACCAACCUGAGGGACACAGAGGUGGUCAAAGUUGGAGGUCUGCCCAGUGGGGUGUGUGACGUGUGGGAGCAGCUGGGGAAGCAGGAGCACUGCAGGUACACCUGGGACACCAAGGCCAACAGUAACAAGAGUGUACCGUAUGUCAGCAGGUGUCGUUUUGACCGCGUUUACCUCCGGCCGGCCAAGGAGGGCCCCGGGUCCCGGAUGACCCCAGAUCACAUGGCCCUGGUGGGCUUAGAGAAGCUGGACUGUGGUCGCUACACCAGUGAUCACUGGGGAAUCUACUGCAGCUUUAUCCCUGGCUCCUGAGACUUAAGGUUGUGUCCCAAAUUGUUCCCUGUAGUGCACUGCUUUUGACCAGGAACCAAUAUGGGAUGCACCCUAAAUGGAACAUGUUUUGCGUGUAGUGGUCCCAGCAGGACUUGGGUUCGAGUCUGAAGGGUUUUUAACUGUUCCUAACGGACAGUUAAAAAGGUUGUAGUUGCUCUGAUAUUGGAUAGGUAGAAAGCACAGUCUCUGUAUGGGCCACAAACGGUAGGAUCAGAGGYGGCUGGCUCACCCUUUAUUGUAAUGCUAGUGCCUUGAGCCGAGGACAGGAACGGUUUCUGAAGAGGAUACAAUCUUGCCUUGGUCGCCUCACGGAUCUCUGGUCCUUCCUAAUAUACCCUCAGAAUGAAAAUGUUGAAGUUUUAAUGUCCUAUAUGGCUCCCUAUUUAGUGCACUAUUUUAGACCAGAGACCUAUAAAACUGGUGAAAAGGAGUGCACUGAUAUAGGGAAUAGGGGGUGUCAUUUUGGACAGCAGAUGUGUAUCUCAUCCCAGUGUUUAAAUGCUUUCUCUCUGAAUGCUUUAUGCUUUGUCUCCUAAAAGGCUUUGGCUGUCAUUUUUAAUUUCAAUAUGUGAUUUGAAAAUUUGUUUGGUUUUAAUAGCAGAAGUCUUACAUGUGGUGAUGAUUUCCCUCCAAGUCUGUUUUUAGUCCUGUACAUUGAAAACACUUGAAUAAAAUUGGAAUAAAUACAU